AUGGCGACAGUGCGCCGGCCGUGGCCCGCCAUGGCUGCAGUGCUGCUGACCCUGCUGGCCUGCCUGGGGGCUUUGGUCGACGCCUACCCCUCCAAACCCGAGGCUCCGGGGGAAGAUGCCUCCCCGGAGGAACUGAGCCGCUACUACGCCUCCCUGCGCCACUACCUCAACCUGGUCACCCGACAGCGGUAUGGGAAACGUGACAGCUCGGACGCUCUACUCUCCAAACUGCUGCUCCCCGACGGCGAGAACCAACGCAUCAGGUCGCGGCCAGAAGGCACCGACCCGUGGUGA